GCGCGCAUGCGCAGUCUCUCCUUUUAAGGUUAGCGAUUGAAAUCUGUCAGCUCAGCGGAGCGCAGAUUGGAGUAAUACCUCCAAAUAUUCCCCUUUACUGUGCGCGUGUGGUCAGUUCCGGAGACCCGGGUCCUGCUCGACGUGUCGACACGUUCGGACUACAACUUUUUGACGUCUGAAGCCGAAAGAAACGCAAAGAAUGACGAGCAGCUCAAAGCGGAAAGAAGAAAGUCAUCUGCUGAAUGGGGGUGUAAAACAGUCCACAUGGAGCAAAGCCUUCUGCAGUACUGCUGUCUGGGAGGAAAAGGAUGAGUUUUUAGAUGUGAUCUACUGGCUCCGACAAAUAAUUGCAGUAAUCCUUGGUGUGAUAUGGGGUGUUGCUCCGUUGAAAGGAUUUCUGGGCAUAGCCAUAUUCUGCAUCAUCAAUGCGGGCGUCCUGUAUGUAUACUUCAGCAGCUUUCAGCAGAUCGACGAGGAAGAGUAUGGAGGCACGUGGGAACUCACCAAAGAAGGCUUCAUGACAUCUUUUGCCCUGUUUCUGGUGGUGUGGAUAAUCUUUUACACAGCUCUUCAUUUUGACUGAGAGGAGUUCAAAGGACACUAAUUACGAACAUUUCUGUUGAUUUAAAAUUGUCAAGACACAGGAACGCCAUGGUAGGGGGUCGGCGAUGCUACAUACAGUAUGACUUCUCAGUGUGCAGUGCAUCCUGGGAAAACAACAUCCAGCGACGAACACAGUUAAAUCCUCGUCAUUUCUUUGAUUUGAGUGCUCCUUCUUGAAGGCAGCUGCCAUUAAGCUUCCAGUAUGCUAUCAUUUCCCUCUGUCACGUUCAUCAUUUGUUUGAAAACACUAAACAAAGAAAACAGAAGUGUUUGGCUGAAAUUGGUCACCUGGGCUCUGAACCGUCUCUUGAUGCAAAACUGAUGUUUUUCUUUCUGUUUGGGGAAAAAAGUGAUAUAUAUUAACAUGACAGUGACAACAAGGUGCUGAUUAUUUUUCAAUGAAAAGCAAGUUUCAACUUUAAAAGACAAAAAUGCCACUGCUCCAAAAGUCACUCCUCCAUGGUGUAUUUGCUUUAUUGAAAUUAAAACAAAAGUAUAAAAGAUACUAUUGAGAAUAUAAGCUGCAUUAUAUUGUUAAAAGUGUUUGUUCAGCUAUUCAAAAUCAUUAAAUUCACGUUUUCCAGUCACUUCCAUAGUCAUAUCACGGAAUAAAAUCAAGCAUGCAGGCUAUUUCUAAAAACAUCUGUGAAAGAAUGGGUCACUGUCGAGGCUCAGUGAGUUCCAGGGAUAUGAUAGGAUGCCACCUGUGCAAGUCCAGAUGUGAAAUGACUAAAUAUUCCACAAUCAGCUGUCAGUAGUACUAUGUGAAAUCGAACAACAGCAACUCGACAAUGAAGAAUUGCGUAGCAGGGUCAAUUUUUACGCUCGUAAAGGCGGGCGAGCGAGCGAAUACUUUUGGCAAUGUCGUGUAUGUCGAGCAAUCUGAUUCCAUGGUCAUUUAAAAUAUGAUUCAGAGCACCUAUAUUUGUUUGUUUUUUUUUCUCCCUUCAGUAUAUUUUAAAUAACAUCUGAGUUGUUAAAGUCUGCUAACAGUUGACCGGUCGAUGUCUAAGCGAAUGCUGUUUGUGAGGCGCACAUAUCAGUGGCUGGUUUCCAGCCCUCUGGUCACUCCAGUCAGGAACGUUCAACAAUGCAACUGAUCUUUCCAUUAAACUCAUUUCUCUGCAGCGAACAUGCAUGUUGUUUUCAAAUGGCCACAAAUUGAAGUCGAAGUGGAUCUGUGCACUGCCAUUAUUUGCUUUUAGUUAAUUGAGUCGUCAUUUAAAUAAUGAAAGUAGUUGGAGAGGUUAAAAAAAAUUUAUUUAAGUCUAAUAUUUUUCUCACGCGUAGCUUCCAGUUCAAAGUCUUAUCUGUUUUGAAAUUAAUUUAAAGUUGUCUGUAAAUUCUGUACAAUGUCCCUUUUGUCGAAUCCACCUUGUAUUAAACAGAUUUAUUUGUAUUUAUGUUAUAUCUUGUUUGAUGUAACAUAGUCCUCAGUAUUUUAUAGUGAAGAAAUUUUGAGAACAGUCCUUGCAACGUUAUUGUAACGAUUAAUUAGAUAUGCAGCUGGUGUGUGAAAGGAUUGUAUUUUCUGAUCAAAUCUUUUGGGAAUCAUUAAACAUGGGCUUUGUUUGGCCUCCAUUUUCAA